AAGUAAAUGUUGCUAAUCUGUUUCUUCCCAAGCUGCUGGACAGAUUCCUGCAACAGCCUUGCUUCCCACUAUGACUCCUGAUGGUCUUGCUGUAACUCCAACUCCAGUUCCUGUUGUCGGCAGCCAGAUGACUAGGCAAGCGAGGAGGCUGUAUGUUGGCAACAUACCAUUUGGUAUUACAGAGGAAGCUAUGAUGGAUUUCUUCAAUGCCCAGAUGCGUCUUGGGGGGCUGACUCAAGCACCAGGGAAUCCUGUUCUUGCGGUUCAGAUUAAUCAAGAUAAAAAUUUUGCAUUUCUGGAGUUUCGCUCUGUGGACGAGACGACCCAAGCUAUGGCAUUUGAUGGCAUCAUUUUUCAGGGACAGUCGCUGAAAAUUCGACGUCCACAUGACUACCAACCACUUCCUGGCAUGUCUGAAAAUCCAUCCGUAUAUGUACCAGGUGUUGUUUCAACAGUUGUUCCAGACUCUGCACACAAAUUGUUCAUUGGUGGAUUGCCUAAUUACCUUAAUGAUGAUCAGGUGAAAGAACUCCUCACUUCCUUUGGACCCCUGAAGGCUUUUAAUUUGGUUAAAGACAGUGCAACGGGGUUGUCUAAAGGUUAUGCCUUUUGUGAAUAUGUGGACAUCAAUGUCACUGAUCAGGCUAUUGCUGGACUGAAUGGUAUGCAGCUUGGAGAUAAGAAACUUCUUGUCCAAAGAGCCAGUGUUGGAGCAAAGAAUGCUACUUUGAGCACAAUAAAUCAGACUCCAGUAACACUGCAAGUUCCAGGUUUGAUGAGCUCACAGGUGCAAAUGGGAGGACACCCAACAGAAGUUAUUUGUUUGAUGAAUAUGGUGUUACCAGAAGAACUUCUGGAUGAUGAAGAAUACGAAGAAAUUGUGGAAGAUGUGCGUGAAGAGUGCAGCAAAUAUGGAACUGUUAAAUCUAUUGAGAUACCACGCCCAGUUGAUGGUGUUGAGGUACCUGGUUGUGGAAAGAUUUUUGUGGAAUUCACAUCAGUUUAUGAAUGCCAAAAAGCCAUGCAGGGUUUGACGGGAAGGAAGUUCGCCAACAGGGUGGUUGUCACCAAGUAUUGUGACCCAGACAGCUACCAUCGCCGUGAUUUCUGGUAGAAGAAGAAAAUUUAACAGGGAUAAAAAUGACAAGGAAAAAAAGAACUUUGGGGAAUACAUGCUACACAAAGAACAUUCUGGAAAUGCCACUGUUUUAGCUGGCAGAAUAGUGUGUUAUAUUUUAUGGCCAAAUGUUUCUCUGGUUGUCCGCCUCUGGUCCCACCCCCCCCCCCCCACCCCAAGUCAUGUUCAUAUUCUGUACCACCCAGCCUUCCACUUCAUUAACCCACCUCAAAGCGGACCAUACAGUAUCCGUGAUGGUUUUUCUGUAGUAGAAAUGUCUACUUUUCUCUGUGGCAGUUUUCUUAUUUACUAAAAUUACUCAUUAAAACAUUUUGUUGUAUUUUA